AUGAAUAAGCAAUGUUCAAUUUGCUACGACGACAUCGUCGACUGUACUGUCACGCCAUGUGGACACACUUUUUGUUACGACUGUAUUGCUGAGUGGGUAAGAAGAACUGAAAAUUGUCCUAUUUGCAAAAGUCGAGUAACUCUUAAUUCUUUAAUUCGAGUCAACAAAAACAGAAACGUUCAAACAAACGCGGAGACUGCAGCAAGCACUAACACACAGGCGUAUUUCAACAUGGCAAAGUGUCUUGAAAAACAAACAAAGAAGCGAGUGAUAGACGAGGUGUCAAAGGUGAUCGAUUCUAUCACAAUAACAAAGAACGACACAUGCCCCCCAAAGGCAAUCUUUUCUGUGGUGAGAAACCCAAGCGCAAUUACUGUCUACGGAUCGUACAAAACAAAUUUGUCGUUCCCGUUUAGCGACGUCGACAUGUCUCUUGGGGGGUACUUCUUACAAUUUCCCCCCGAUGUCAUUUUCCCGAUUAUAUCUGACGCACUCACAAACACUUGUGUGUGCACUACCGUAUUGCAGCUGCCAUAUGCAAGAGUCCCCCUUCUUAAAUUGCGGAGUUCACAAGACGGCAUAGAUGUAGAUAUUUCAAUGGAGAACACCAUGGGAAUAGAAACUACAAAAUUAGUAGGGAGGCUGUGCCACCAAAAUGUGAUGCUACGGCCACUUGUCAUAUUGGUUAGAUAUUUAUUGCACCAAGGCGGAUUUACAAGUGUGAUAUCUGGGGGGCUCAACACAUUUAUGAUCACGCUUAUGGUCUAUUCGUUUCUCGACAUGUACAACACAGGGAAGUUCACUGGUGGAAAGCCAGAUACCGACCUUGGAAGUGUCUUUGUGACAUUCUUACAACACUUUGGAUACGACUUCGAUUAUACGCGGUAUGGCAUUUCCAUUGGAAAACCGUGUUCUUAUUUCGAGAAGGAGUCAAGGGGGUGGAUCGAUUAUAGCAAACCCAUGGUGUUGACAAUCGAAAACCCCCUCGACAAUGAUAUCAAUUUAACUCCAAACACUUUUCUUACACCUCUCAUCAAGGAUUACUUUGCAAAAUGUCUCCAAUGGAUUUUACCUUCUAAUGGUGAUGAUAUAUACUACUUCAUCCCCAAAAAGUCGCGGCUCGCACGUGUUGUGUUUCUGCCAGAUGAAAUGCUGAAUAGGUCGUAA